GUGUGUGUCGCAUAAUUGGGCUAGAGUAAUGCUUUUGUUAUUAGUACAACUUCUGUAUCUUCUCCGUCUCUUAGACAAACCCUAAACCCACUCUGAUCCUUUUAGCGGCGGCCGCAACUCCAUUUUUUCGUAGCGAAACGUCUGCAAUUCCUUCGAGCAAAUGGCGCCCAAGAAGGAUAAGGCUCCACCUCCGUCCUCUAAGCCUGCCAAGUCUGGUGGAGGGAAGCAGAAGAAGAAGAAAUGGAGCAAGGGUAAGCAAAAGGAGAAGGUAAACAACAUGGUUUUGUUCGAUCAAGCCACAUAUGACAAACUUCUUUCGGAGGUUCCGAAGUAUAAGCUCGUCACUCCUUCAAUUUUGUCCGACAGAUUGAGGAUUAAUGGAUCUCUGGCACGUAGAGCAAUCAAGGAUCUGAUGGCAAGAGGUUCUAUCAGGAUGAUUUCUGCUCAUGCUAGCCAGCAAAUUUACACCAGAUCCACAAAUACGUAGGAGGAAAUGAUUUAAUCGGCAUUUUGUUAUCAUUAGUUAAUAGAAUCUUGUUGCAAUAUGUUGAGUGUAUGUUUUGCUGUCAUUUUAUAUUACUUGUACCUUAUAAAGGUUGUUGAUGGUGAAUGCUAUGGUUUUUUUUUUGGUUACCAAUUGAACCAUGACGAGCAUUACUUGCUCUUUUCA